AAUGAUGCUCAUAGAUCCAUAGAAUAAGCUACUUUAAACAUAGAUUAUGGAUUUAAUCAUGUAAUUAUAUAUAUAAUGAGUUUAGGAAAAAGGAUCCAAGAAUUGUGGUUGCAAAGGAUUACAAUUAUUCAUGCACAAAAUUGUAAUAUAAGGAAAAUGGUAGAUUAUUUUUAUCAUUUACUUGUUUUAAUUUUAAUGAGAUAUUCAGUAUAGCAGGUAAUUACAUGAUUGAUAAAUAUUAUAAGGGUAAUUAAUUAUUUAUAAAUUAUAGAUUACACUAAAGAAGAUCCAGAUGUUGGAUUUCAUUUGACAUUUUCAUUUAAUGUUUAAUCAGCUAAAGAAGAACCUAAGAUUCAAAAAAAUGCAACUGAAGCAGAAAAAGCUGAAAUUUAAGAAAUUAAAUUAUAGAUAAGAGCAGAAAAUUAGAAAUUGUUUGAGAAAGUCACUAAAGAUUUUUCAUAAAUAAGAAGAAAUUUUUAUGCAUCUGCAUUUGAAUAGGCAUUUGAUCAAAUCAAUAAAGGACAAACAGCUUCUAAAUUUAAAUAUUAAAGUAGAGAGAAUGAAGUUGUUUAUGCUAUUCCUGAUUAAGAUGCUUUGAAUAUAUUCUAUGAAAUAUCAUUUUCUGAUAAUGUAGAUAAAACAUUAGCUAAUUUAAUAAUUACAGAGAUAAUUGAUGCUAAGAAAAAUGUUAAGAUGGCACCACCUAUUUCAAGAUCUAAUUAUUAAUCAUCUAUAUUAAAAUCAGCAUUUCCAGAAGUUUAAAAUAUCAAAGUGGAUCCAAAUUCAUAAUUAAUAACAAUGACAUUAUUUAAGGCAUAACAUUUUAGUAAGAAUAUAGAAUAAUUAUCUACAUUUUUAUAAGGAUUUAGGUAAUUAUAAUAUUUAUAAUUAUAAUUAGAUAAUAUUUACAUUAUCAUAUUCAUGCUUCUAAGACCUAUUUACAUUCUAGAAUUAUUAAAAGAAUAAGUCAAUUCUAAAGAAGUUUAUAAUUAUGUUAAUUUGAACCUGAAGUAGAAAAGAAAACUGAAGAUAUUUUCACAUCAUCUGGUGUAAAAGCAUGAA